UCCACUGAUGAUGUCACUAAAUCUGCGGUUCUGAAUGCGGAAGUGGAAUUAUACAUGGCGAACACAGACGAGCGGAGUGAUGCACACAGUGAAACGCCCUAGUGCGGUUAUAGGAAAUAUAGGCACUCUUGGUACUCUGCUCGACCAAUCACAUUAGUGGACUGGAACUAGGCUUGAGAGCGCAAAACUGAUUAAAGAACAUUUUAACAGCAGCUGCUCUUUUGAGUGAUUUUUUUUGUUGAAUGAACAACUUUAAACAGUAUCCAAGUGAGAACAGUCAAAUUAUUUAUUUAAAAAUGAAUUAUUAAAUUGUUAUUGUAGAAACAAUGACAACUUCCUCCUUUUUUUUCAUAAAUAUAAACAAGACUUUGGUAUCGGAUUGCUACUCUUGGUAUUACUUGGCUUUGGAUCUAGAUCAUUGGAUGUUUGGAAAGAAAAUCAGUGGCAUCACAAAUCCGUAAUGCAAAGCACAAGUAUGUCCACUAGGUGGCGGUAAUGACACUUACAGAUUAAAUUGCCAUUACAAACCGAAGAGGAAGAAGCCCUUGUCAUGGACUGUGAUGAGAGGAAGUGAUCAUUACACAUGUAUUGUGUAUGUAAGAGUAGCUAUGCAUGAAUAAACCCAGUAUAAUUAGAUUAUUACACGGCGUUGUUAUUUUAUUAGCAUGUGCAUUUUUCUGUAAAGACGUUUUCUUGUUUAUAAUGAGUUAUGUGAAGUGACGAGUGCUUCUGAGUUUUGUUCUGGUCAGCAUGAUAUGAGAUAAGGCUAUGGAAGAAGUGAGAAAUUGUUUGAGAGACUUCCCAAAAGAAGCUCGAGAGCUUUAUCUGAAUGAGUCAGUACCAUAUUUGGAUGGGCCGCUCUCCCCUCUACAGUUCUAUCGGGACUGGAUCAGCUCCAAUAAGCCCUGUAUUAUUCGCAAUGCCUUCAAUGACUGGCCCGCUUUGUCUAAAUGGAACCCCACCUACCUCAGGCAGGUUGUUGGCUCGAAACUCAUCAGUGUUGCUGUUACACCAAACGGCUAUGCAGACGCUGUUAACGGAGGUCGCUUCGUGAUGCCUGAAGAGCGCCAGAUGACUUUCUCAGCCCUGCUGGACAUUAUAGAGGGCAUAGAAAAGAGCAGUGGUGUGUACUACGUGCAGAAACAGUGCUCAAAUCUGACUGAGGAACUGCCAGAGCUCACAGGAGACGUACAGACUCACAUCCCCUGGAUGAGCGACGCACUGGGAAAAAUGCCUGAUGCUGUGAACUUCUGGUUGGGAGAGGAGCAUGCAGUCACAUCUAUGCACAAAGACCCCUAUGAGAACCUCUACUGUGUCAUCUCUGGAGAGAAGACAUUUAUUCUACUCCCUCCCACUGAUCGACCCUUUAUACCAUAUGAACUGUACCAGCCUGCUACAUACAAACAGAAGCAAGAUGGCAGCUUUGAAAUAGUGGAUGAAGAGCAUUCAGCCAAAGUGCCUUGGAUUCCUCUGGAUCCUCUAAAUCCAGACCUGGAACGCUUUCCCUCCUACAGCCAGGCCCGGCCGCUGUGCUGUACAGUGAGAACAGGAGAGAUGCUUUACCUCCCCUCGCUCUGGUUCCACCAUGUCCGCCAGUCUCAUGGAUGCAUAGCAGUGAAUUUCUGGUAUGAUAUGGAUUAUGAUAUCAAGUACAAUUACUUUCAACUGGUGGAAUCUCUAGCCAGCGUUGUGGGUUCACUCUGAAGCUCUGACCUCGUGAACAAAUCAUCUUCAAAGUGUGAACACAGUGGGCACAAAGCAGGAAUACAUACUGAAUAGGACAAGAGUGCAUUACAAGGCACCCCACACAAACCUUAAUUACAUAGGGGUCAUUUAAGGUCACCAAUCACGCUAAUGUUUUUUUUGGAGAUAGGAGGAAACUGGAGAACCCAGAAGAAACCCACACAGACAUGAGCAGAAUAUGCAGGUCUCCAUACACACAGUAUCCUGAGCCGAGAAUUGAAUCCCAGACCCUGAGCUGAGAUGGAAAUGAUAACGGCUGUACACGAACACACCAACUUCAGCUCCUAAUCAACUGCACAAAGUGUUA